AUGGAUCCUUCCUCUGCUCCGCUGGCAGAUUAUUUUUGGAUCGCUGGCAUCGAUUCCAUAUCUUACACCGACCCUGUCCUGGGAGGUCCCAACCUGUGGGAGAAAGCUGCCAAUGGCGCAGGGCCACCCUCACCAGGAGUCGAUGCGACCAUCGAGGAAGGCAGCGAAGGAGAAGCAGCUUCCUCUCCACCUCCUCGAGCUACCGCCCGCCAUUCUCGCAACAAUUCUUGGAACAAACUGGGCAAGGUGCCCAGCGAUGUACGGAACUCAAUACAGAGUCUAGAGGAUAUUGGGAACACGCAGAGCAACAGGAGCAGCAUUACGAUCAAGGCCCCGACUACGAAUGGCAACGCCAAUGGCAAUAGGGACAGCGUGUUGGGCGAUUUCGACUUUGACCGGGCGCUGGUCAAGUUUGCAAAUGAGAGGGAGAAUUUCCUGGACGAUUUAAGCUUCAGCGCCGGCGCUCCCAUACAGAAACCUCCGCCAAUGACAAACCCGAGGGCAGAUAGGAUUAGAAUUGAGGAUACACUGGAGACAAAUGGAUCUGGCUCUGGAAUGGGCAGGAGAAGCCCUCUGAGAAGUGUGGGAGGUAGCAUUCGACGGAGGAUCAGUUUUAGAGAUAUGAGCAGUAUGAAGCGGCAGCCCUCGAUGGUUCAGAGAACAACCUCUGUAAGGACCUCGAGACGCUUGAGUAACUACAAUUCCGUCAUCCCACCGCCCGAACCUCUCAAUGCGGAUCCCGAGAUGCAUCCUCUGAAGCGCCGCUUCGAACCAGUCUUGCUUGACCGGUAUCCCCCGAAACAUGCUACAGACGAACUGAAGCGGAGGGGCAGAUUUCCGGAUUACGUGCCAAUGUUUGCAUUUCCAAAUGAUAUUAACAUAGUUUCCGCGGACGAGAGACCUCGCUCAACGUGGCAUGGAUUUGCAAUGACAGGCGACGACAACUCUAAAAUUUACGGCAUUACGGUCAUUGUGUGGAUGCCAUUGAACCCAGAUGCUGCCGAGAACGUUGAGAGAAGAUGUGAACAGUGGAGACAGAGUCAUAUGACGAACGAGGAGAGAGAGCUGGCAGCUAGCUUGGGCGAGCGACUUGCUUCUGAGAGAGCAAAUCUGUCACAAUUACUUGCCAAACUACCCGGCGUGGCAUCUGGAUCUCCAGCCAGAGAAUCGUUGGAGGAAGAAAUCAGUGCUGUGGAAGAGAAGAUCGGUCUGAUGACUGACAUGUUGCGACCUGUCAGACACGGCGCAGCUGCUAAGAUUGAUGGGCUCACAGAUGGCGAGACUGGACUUUGGACACCGCGAGCAUAUGGAAUUUUGGGUCGAGAUGCUAGCUUGACCAGCUUUUGGAAAGAGUGGCUCAGAGCCGUCGUUGUUCCCAUGACUGACGGAGGCGUCUUGAGAGUUCCACCAAGUUCUCCUAAAGUCGGAAGAUGGCAGCCGUUGGAGAGAUAUGUGGUCAAUCUAUGCACAGAAGCACUAAGCCCAAUAUCCAGCAAGACCCAGGUUGAGCUUGCCGUCAGAGAGUUACGGUUAUUUGCUCGCAAAGAGGCAGUGAAUGAGCUACCCGAGUCGAGGAAUACUGAUCUCUACGCCUUGUUCAGAUCUCUCAGCAUUCCAAAUAUCGUGGCCCUUUUCGAAUUUGCGCUGUCAGAGUCAAGAAUAAUAUUCCUUUCGUCACACACUGCCAUGUUGCAUCUUGCAAGCAAAGCAUUGGCCAGUUUGCUGUAUCCGCUUAAAUGGGCAAGCAUAUUCAUCCCAGUCUUGCCGGCCAGACUGCUGUCUGCCUUAGAAGCACCAUGUCCUUACAUAGUUGGGAUCGAAAGACGAUAUGAAAUCAUCGAGCUGCCCGAGGAGGAUUAUGUUUUGGUCGAUCUGGAUCAGGACAUCAUUGAGGCGUCUGGCCCACCUACCACUUUACCUCGGCAACAACGCCGCAAAUUGGUGUCACUUCUCCAGCUUGCUGCUCCUCAUCAUAAUCGUUGUGGUGUACCGACCGGGCCUCCACCGUAUGCCAUCGAGACCUACCCGUACGAUGCAUUCUCUUCUGAGAACGAUGCAAUUUACACCCAAAAUGCACCUCUAAGCUCUCUUGGAAAGUUUGUUAGUCAAAACUCAGCAACGUUCGGGGACCCAGAUCCAGCAACUUCGAAGAGAGCAUCCGUCUUCAAUGCUUUCUUGCAGUCAAAGAACGACCACAGUCGAGUUGAGAGGCCUACGACAAGUCGAUCGAGUAAAACAAGUCCUCCUAAUUCAGUCUCACCACUAUCUGGUCACUUCCCUGUGCCCACAACCCCUGUUUCCAGAAAUGACUCUGCAUUCGCCCUGACAGCUACGUUGAGAGAGAAGAGAUCAGGUCACUUUGAUGGAACCUCUAGACGCAGCUCAUCCUUUGGUGUCGACCGUCAACCAACUCUUCGUCGACCGAGCAUUCCGUUCAGCAACGGCCACUCUUCAAGUCUUUCGACUUCUGCUUUGUCGAUCGAUGCUAAGUCAACAUACGGAUAUGCGCCAUCAACAUAUGCCGCCUCCACACUUGCAGCAUCUACGAUCAUGCCAAACAUGCUCAUGCAGCCGGUACGAAACACCGACACCACGGUGUGGGUUGAGGGACACUAUUUUGUAUGGCAACGGAAUGAUACAGCAUCGGUUUGUUCGAUAUGUGAUGACAAGCCCGAGGGUGAUGGAAUUUACAAGUGCAACAGUUGCAGCACAGUCUCUCAUGGUCGGUGCUUGGGUCACGUCUCACUAGUCUGCCCAUCCGCAUUCCAUCCUGACAGGGUUCGCGCCUCGUUUGUGAGAUGCUUCUCGAGUCUGUUCUAUACCUACAGAAAGUAUUUGAAUAGGCCAACCAAAGAUCAAAAAAGCAGCGGCCAGCUCUACGGUUUUGAUAUGGACGGGUUCAUGAAGAGUUUGCCACACGAGCAGCAGGAAUACACAGCUAUGUUGAAGCAGACGCAAGCAUUUAACGAGUUCAUCCACGAACGUGAGACAACGCCUCCAAGCUCGCCCAGUAUCCAACUCUUCGACAGCAUCAUUCUCGCCAAGAAAUCACGCGGUCGGACUUCGUUCUUCUCGAAAGGGUCCAAGUCUACUUCAUUCCUUGAAGAUACCUCGGAGCACCUUUGGAGAAGCGCGGCAGUGCCUACACCCAGCGCGAAGUUUCCUGGUGAUUACAGAAGCGUGGUGUCACGAAUCCCAGCACAGCUGGAUGUAGCACUUAUGCGAGAGCCGAGAGUCAUUCAAGGCGUGCCGAGGAUGGAUAUGCCUGGCAAGCGGGUGGGUCGGAAAGCCGUUCCCAGUCUUCUACGGUAG